AUGAAUUUCGAAUUGGAAUCGAGUGACAUGCUCAUGCCAGACGUGCGAAUAUUGAACUUGCAGAGUACCUAUUGGAUGGCGGCAGUAAUAAAUGUGUAUGCAACGUCGGCGACGACGGAGAAUUUGUCACGACAUGAGAUGUUGAUGUGGGUGAAUGACUGCCUUCAGAGUAACUUCACGAAGAUUGAGCAGCUACACACAGGAGCGGGAUAUGCUCAG